AUGCUUACAUUGGGCGAUCAAGAACAAGCCAACCAUGUGAAGUGGACAAAGCCAGUUGGCUCUUGGCUGAAGGAUUAUUUAGAGUUCACUAGAACAGAUUUUAUUAAAGAUUCUCUCUCUCUCCUUCUCUCUCUCUCUCUCUCUCUUAUUAUCUAUCUAACUCUGUUUUUAUCUCUUUCAUCUUUACUUUAUCUAUGUUUAUAUCUAUUGAUCUACUCAAAACUUUUCAUAUCUAAAUUUGUUCAUAUCUAUCUAUCUAUCUAUCUAUCUAUCUAUCUAUCUAUCUAUCUAUCUAUCCAAAAAAACUGUUCAUAUCUAAAUUUGUUUAUAUCUAUCUAUCUAUCUAUCUAUCUAUCUAUCUAUCUAUCUAUCUAUCCAAAACUGUUCAUGUCUAAAUUUGUUUAUAUCUAUCUAUCUAUCUAUCUAUCUAUCUAUCUAUCCAAAACUUACAAGGGGCUGCUAAAAUAUCUCCUCCUGAAUCCCUCUGAUGAUAUGUUGAUUCUAUUGAUUCUAUUAUUCUUUCUUUUUCUUCUUUUUUCUUUCUCUCUUUUUAUUCCUUUUCUUCUUUUCUUUCUUUCUUUCUUUCUUUCUUUUCUCCUUCUUUUUCCUCUUUCUUUUUUUCUUCUCUUUUCUCUCUGCUCUGCCAUUUUCUUUUGUUUGAAGUUAAAAUUAAAUCGUUUUACUGAUCAUUUCAUUGGUUUUUCACCUUCAAAUAUUAUUCUUUCUUUUUUCUUCUUUCUCUCUUUUUAUUCCUUUUCUUUCUGUCUUUCUUUCUUUCUUUUCUCCUUCUUUUUCUUCUUUCUUUUUUCUUCUUUUUUCUUUCUCUCUUUUUAUUCCUUUUCUUUCUUUCCUUCUUUCUUUCUUUCUUUUCUCCUUCUUUUUCUUUCUUUUUUCUUUCUCUCUUUUUAUUCAUUUUCUUUCUUUCUUUCUUUCUUUCUUUCUUUUUCUUUCUUUUUUUUUUCCUCCUUUCAUUUUCUUUCUUUUUUUUCUCUCUUUUCUUCAUUUUUUUUUCUUUCUUUUUUUCUUUUUUUUUUUCUUCUUUUUUUCUUUUCUUUUUUUCUUUCUCUUUUUUUUUCCUUUUUUUUUUCUUUCUUUCUUUCUUUGUUUUCUCCUUCUUUUUCUUCUUUCUUUUUCUUCUUUUUUCUUUCUCUCUUUUUAUUCCUUUUCUUUCUUUCUUUCUUUCUUUCUUUCUUUCUUUCUUUCUUUCUUUCUUUCUUUCUUUUUCUUCUUUCUUUUUUCUUCUUUUUCCUUUCUCUCUUUUUAUUCCUUUUCUUUCUUUCUUUUCUCCUUCUUUUUCUUCUUUCUUUUUUCUUCUUUUUUCUUUCUCUCUCUUUAUUCCUUUUCUGUCUUUCUUUCUUUUCUCCUUCUUUUUCUUCUUUCUUUUUCUUUUUUUCCUUUGUUUCUUCUUUUUUUGUCUUUCUAAAUUUGCUUUGCCUUUGA